UCGACUCUCCUGAUCGCUGUGCUUGACCUCCCAAAGACAAGAAUGUCCUGCUCCAGCCUGUGUGCCCCUUCCUGUGGGGUGUCCGCCCCAUGCCCGCUGGCUGACACCACCAACGAGCCCUGUGUGCGUCAGUGCCAGAGCUCCACGGUGGUGAUCCAGCCCCCAGCCACGGUGGUCACCUUCCCCGGACCCAUCCUCAGCUCCUUCCCACAGCACAGCGUUGUGGGCUCAGCUGGAAUCCCUGCCAUUCCCGGGGGCUCCGGCGGCAGUUAUGGAGGCCAUGGUGGUUCUGGUGGCUACGGAGGACGCCUUGGAGGCUAUGGAGGCUUUGGCGGCUACGGAGGCUUCGGUGGCUGCGGAGGUUAUGGUGGCUUGGGCCGAGGCCUCCUUUCCUUCGGUGCCAGCUGUGGGAGCUGCUAAGCCGCACCUGCGUCCUGCCCCAGACGACAGAGUUCUCCAAGAGAGCCACUUGCACCUCCCAGCUGAUGAUGCCCAAAGAGAAGCAUCCCUUCAGCACUGCUGGGAUUCAGAGCUUGGACCCCUGGUACCUCUUGAUGGCCAACUCUUUUAGGCCCCAGUUCAGUAUCGCUUGAGGGCAUGCUUCAUAUGACAAUGCAGCCUCAUGAUGGGUGCCUGCUCCUGCAGCAUGCUUAAACAUCUAUGCGACUCUGCCCACUGCCUGCAGACUCAGGCUUCUCUUGGUCAGGGCUCUGCACUUCUCCCAGCUCCUUCCCUCCUCCAGUUCCAAUAAAAGCUGUGUUGCAUUGCA